AUGCAGGGGACGGUUAAAUUGGCCCUCUGGGUGAUGACAGGUCUGCUGGCUGUCACCACCGUCUUUUUUAACGUCUACAUCUUCUUGACGAGUCUGUGGAACUACAAGCAGAAGAAGAAGCGGAGUCCCAGUGAGACCAUCAUCCUGACUCUGUCGGUGGCCAAUGUGGCUCACCAGCUGGUCUGCUACUUCUGGAUGACCAUGGAUGAAGUGGACAGUAAGUGCCGCAUCGUCCAGCUGCCCUACAGCAUCAUGCUGCUGGUGAUCUACAGCCUCAAGUUCACCAUUAUGUGGGACACCAGCUUUCUCACUUUUUACUACAGCACCAAGCUGGUGAACACACCCAACCACUGCUACACGCACAUCCAGGCCGUCAUCCUCAAGCACGUCACCAUAGCUGUUUGUGUCAUUCCUCUGUGCGGCCUGGGAACCUGCAUGCCGAUGCUCGUCGUAUUUCACGCCGACAAUCACACUGCGGCGAACAGUGACUGUGGAGUUUUAAUGCCUGACACUUUGUCUGGCAAGAUCUAUGACGUCAUGUACCUGAUCCUCGCUGAUGUACUUCCAGGGGUGCUCAUGGUAAAAUGCUGCAUUUCAAUCUCCAUCCACCUUGCCAUACAUCUCCGCAACAUGAAAGCCAGCACCAACGGUGCCCACGUGCCGAAACUGGGCUCCCAGAUGAGGGUGAUCCAGAUGGCUUUAUCUCUCGUGGCCAUCUUCAUCCUCUUCCUCGUGAUCGACCUAUACGUCAACUACCAGAUAUCGGUGAACCAUGACAACAUCAUUGUGCUCACAUUCUUCUUCACAUCCAUCUACACGACUGCCACGGCCAUGGUGCUGAUCUACGGCAAAAAGACAUUCUGGAAAACUCUCCUACAUGAAUACAACGUCUGCUUGGAUGAAUAUCCGGGUUUGUCUUGUCUGAAGGUGCCUGAACAAAAGACCAAAGCCAGCACUCCUGCAAAAGUUAAAACCUGA